AUGGGAAAAAAUUAUCAUUUUCUGAGAGUGUUUGAACCUUUUAUUGGAGGUAAACGAGACUUUGAAGUUCAGGAAGUAGAAUUUGAAUCGGAAAACCAGGAACCAAAUGGUGCACCUGUUGAAAAUAAUAAUCCUUUGGGUUAUAAUUUGGAUUAUAUAGCAGCAUUUUACAUGGUUAUACAAGGUAUCAUAGGUACUGGUAUCUUUGCUACACCGGGAAGCAUAGUCCAGUCUAUUGGAUCUAUUGGUGCUUCUUAUGUGUUAUGGGUAGUUGGCUUCCUUAUUGCCCUUUUUGAAAUAUUCAUUUACAUAGAAUUUGUUACUUACUUUCAGAGAAGAUCUGGUGGUGAUGUAGCAUAUUUGGAACAAGCUUACCCUAAACCUGAUUUCUUAGUACCGACAACUUAUGCGGCAGUCUCUGUUUUAUUAUCUUUUCUUAAUUCUUCAGCCAUAGCGUUUGGUACUUAUAUACUCAAUGCUGCUGAUAUUGAAGCUACAACUUGGAGACAGAGGGCUAUAGGCUGUGGUAUUUUAACAUUUGUUUGCGUCUUAUCUUCUAUUAAUACUAGAGCCACAUUAAGACUCUCUAACAUUUUGGGUUCAAUAAAGGUAAUAUUUAUUGCUUUUAUCAUUAUAACAGGCUUUGUAACUCUUGCGGGAGGUACCAGAAUUGCAAAUCCAACCUCAAUAUUCAAAAAUGCAUGGGAGGGGACCACAACGGAUGGUAAUGCUAUUUCAAAUGCUAUUAUCAAAGUUUCGUUUUCUUAUGGUGGUACUCAGUAUGUUUUUGGUGUAGUAGGAGAGUCGAACCCAAGGCACACUAAGCGUAUGUUUUGUUUUUUCAUUCCAGGCGUGGUGUUUUUUAUUUUUAUAUUGUAUGUGCUUAUAAUUACCUCAUAUUAUGCUGGUUCAAACGGUAUAGAAAAUAUAAAGGGUUCUAAUACUUUAAUUGCUUCUUUAUUUUUUCAGAAUGUGUUUAAUUCUGUACCCGCAAGGAAAGCUUUGGAUGCAUUGGUUGCCCUAUCUGCUUUAGGCCACUUAUUAGCAGCUGUUAUAGGCCACUCCAGGGCUCUAAGAGAAUGUGGAAGACAAGGUGUAUUGCCCUAUUCAAGUCUCUGGACUACAACAAGACCAUGGGGUACACCUAUUUUACCAAUUUUUGCCACAUGGCUCGUGAAUAUAAUUGUAAUGAUCGCUCCACCUGCAGGUGAUGCCUAUAACUUUAUAGUUGAUAUUGGGUCUUAUUCAAAUUAUAUAUUUAAACUACUUCUCGUUAUUGGUUUAAUUUUAGUUAGGCGGCAAAGAAAAGAGGCUGGCUUGGGCUUUGAAGGAUGGAAAGUUCCAUUACCGAUAUUAGUUGUUACAAUUUUUUUUGAAGUCUUCGUAAUUGCUAUGGCAUGGGUUCCACCUCUGAAUGGUACACUCAUCGGAUCAGAUGUAUCUUUUUUUUAUUGUACAUACGCUAUAGUAUGUGUGGGGAUUUUAGGAAUUUGUGUUCUAUAUUAUUAUAUUUGGGCUAAAGUAUUGCCCAGAUUUGGUCACUAUGAACAUAGAAUCUUGUUCUAUUCUUUGGAUUGUGGAGAACUGGGUCAUUCUGUUGUUAAGGUGGAGAAAGAUGAUCUACAAAAAUGGGAUACUGAACAUGAUUCCAACGGCCGGCCUAUCUUUGCAGCGGAUGAUUCUGUUGUGGAACUGGUUGGAACUGAAAGUAUUUCACACCUAUCAAGCAAAUUUAUUACAUAA